GCACAAAGUGUUUGAUUCGGUCCAAUUAGAAAAUCAUAUGCCCAAUAACCCAUCGUGUAUCGAUUCAUCCGACCGGCAUCUGUCUUUACCGCCGCUCAUCUCAGCCAGACGGCGGUCGAACGCUAUAUUGCUCUCUCAGUUUCCAGCUCCUCUUCCCACCUUAGGUCGGACGCAGUCUACACCACGCCGUUCGUCUAGUAUCCCGAGAACACUAUGGAUAAAGAUGUAGUCGAGAAAUUGAAGGUUCAAGCUCUGAAGUUGGUGGGAGAAGCUGAUCAGUUGCUGCAUCAGAUUCCUCUGCUUCAUCUAUUUGCUGCCCUUGUAAUCCUGUUGUUGACUACUUUUUGGUUUCGUUUCAUCACCCUCAAGCGCAGAUCAUUUAAUACCAUUGUUUUAACUGGACUUUGUGGAAGUGGAAAAACUUAUAUAUUUUACCAGCUUCGACAUGGCGUACCACCACAAGAGGGUACUGUCACAUCAAUGGAACCUAAUAGAGACACCAUUAAUCUACGUUCCGAGAUAACCAAGGAUGACAAAAUAAAGCUCGAGGUUGAUGUUAUUGAUGUGCCUGGUCACCAUCGUCUUCGGUCAAAAUUGGAUGAGUUUUUACCUCGGGCAGCCGGGGUUGUCUUUGUUGUGGAUGCUAUAGAUUUUUUAGCCAACUGCCUUGCUGCCUCAGAGUACCUUUAUGACAUUCUGACCAAGAAAGAUGUGGUUCAGAAGAAGAUUCCAGUACUAGUAUUCUGCAACAAGGUGGAUAAAGUUACUGCACAUACAAAAGCGUUCAUAACAAAGCAACUGGAAAGGGAAAUAGAGAAGCUUCGUCAUUCAAGAACUGCUGUAUCAGAUGCAGAUAUUUCCAAUGAGUUUACACUUGGAACACCUGGAGAGCCAUUCACAUUCUCCCAAUGCGUGAACAAGGUAGUAGUUGAAGAAGGCUCUGCUUUGACUGGUGAAAUCACUCAGAUAGCUGCGUUUAUUCGGGAGAAUGUGAGGCAUUGACUGAUCUUGCCUGCCCAUUCCUCCAUCGUUUAGAAUGAAAUUUUUCGAAUAUGAUUGAUACUGUCGGAAAUUUGUAGUCUGUUUUGGAGAGAUGUAUUAUUGGUUUUUAGGAAUUUUUAUUAUUGAUGUUUUUCUUGAUAAUUUCAUGAUUUUCAUCUCCUCUACUCCAUCCAUGACUGCUUUUCAACAAUUAUGACCAUGUAUUUAACUCUGCUCAUGUCUGGAACAUUAUUAUUGUUCUUCGCCUCCCCAUAGUCUUCAAACAAAUGAUAUGUAUACUACAUUGGCGGAACACCCGAGAUGAUUUAAUCC